ACCCCUCAAGACCCUAACUUUUUUUCCUUUACUGGUUUUAGCUCUGGCUCAGUAAAGAUCAUGAACCCUGAAAAGAUUGAACUUUCAUGUGCUUCUGGCCAAGGAACAGAUGCUGUUUUAUCAACCCCUAUGGUUGAGGGGACUUCCUCUGAAGAAAAUAUGAGUGGUAAAAAUGGGAAGAAACCAAACCUAUUCCUAGAGAUACCCACAAGAACAAUGGAUGAUUCGUUACGUCAAGAGUUGGUUCAAAUGAAAUCAUUACCAACUCCAACGCCCACUCCGAAGAAGGUGAAUUUUGCAUUGACACCGAGUCAUGCAGCAGGUCCAAGUGUUCACGGAUCAUCACCCGGCCCGUUAUCAUCCAGAAGCCGGUCAUCCUCUAUAAGGAAUCUGUUACCUAAGUUAAGCUUUAUGCACCGCAGUAGUUCUAAUCCAGAUACUGAGAAAGAUAUUGAUUCUGGUUCUUCAGAGAAGCUAUCAUCCAUAUCAAGGUCUUGGUCUUUCACUAAAAUAUUCACACCGCGCAUAAAGAGGACGUCUUCUUUUCCUGUUGGUCCGAUUGAGUCUGCCCGUGGGGGAAGUACAAGUAACCCUCCAACACCUCAUACCAAAGGAGCACUGAAGUACAUUUCUCGAUCGCUUUCUCUCCCGGUCAACAGCAAGGAGCAGAGCACUCAGAAAGUGGAAUGCUUUUUUCGUGUAAUUCCUUCAACACCUCGCGUGAGAGAUGCAAACUCCAAUGCCUCAGCCACGACAACGGCUCCAACACCCUAUUCUGUAGGAGAUGAGGAAGAAGAGGGUGAAGAUAUACCUGAAGAAGAAGCAGUUUGUCGGAUCUGCUUGGUUGAACUGUGUGAAGGGGGAGAGACACUGAGGAUGGAGUGCAGUUGUAAAGGCGAACUUGCGCUGGCUCACCAAGAAUGCGCCGUUAAAUGGUUUGGGAUUAAAGGCAACAAGACAUGUGACGUGUGCAAGCAAGAGGUCCUUAAUCUCCCUGUUACACUUCUAAAGAUUCAGAGUGUACGCAAUGCCGGUGCAACUAGUAGACUCACUCAGUUGGAAAUAAAUGGACACAGUGUUUGGGAGGAAGUGCCUAUUCUUGUCAUUGUUAGCAUGCUUGCCUACUUUUGUUUUCUUGAGCAGCUAUUGGUUGGGAAAAUGGGUACGGGCGCAAUAGCCAUUUCGUUGCCCUUCUCUUGUGUCCUUAGCCUUGUCGCGUCUAUGACAGCAUCAACCAUGGUGAAAAGAAGAUUCGUAUGGAUUUAUGCAUCGGCUCAGUUUGCACUUGUGGUUAUCCUCAGCCAUAUCUUCUACUCUUUGGUUCAUCUACAAGCGAUUAUGUCGGUUCUUCUGGCAACAUUUGCUGGCAUUGGUGUUGCAAUGAGUGGAAGCUCCAUCGUAGUUGAGUUUUCUAGGUGGAGAAGAAGAAGAAGUCGCGAUGUCUUCAAUCGCCAGCAACAGAAUCCUCAAGUUGUGCUUAACACCCACCAGCUUCCAGACAUAGAAAAUCCAGAAACAUAGUAUCCAGCAGCUCAUACAAGAAGCAAUAUAAUGUUGUUGUACAAUACAGGAAGCAGAUGUUUGGUGUACAGAUGUAUAACUCCAGAUUUAUUCAUUAAACAACUCUUGGAAGUGUCUUUUUUAGAUGAUUUUUUUUGAAGUGAGAAAAUUUGGAGACUAUUUGUCGAUGAGGAUCUUGGAAGCCGAAACCUUUGUACUCCCUCCAUUCCAGAAAACACUUCCCAUUUCGACUUUUUUCGAUCAAACAAUGAUACAUUUUGACUACAAAUUGUGAGAAAUUGAUAUUGAAUUAUAAUAUAAAUUUUAUAUAAUU